GCGUAGUGACUCCAACAUGUUUUCUAUUUUGAAACGUGACGUUUGAGCCUAGUAAGUUGUGUAAUAGCACACCAUUUCAGAGCCAGCUGAAGCACCGCCCAUUUUCCCUCUGAAUGUAGUGGAGAUAAGACAUUACUAAUAACGAAGGGGACCCGAAUGCACCACGUGAACUCUGACUACCGUGUCAGAGAUGUGGCUUUGAGUUGAUGGAAGUCUCAGAGAAGAUGUUCAGCUGGGACGAGGAGUGGAACAUCUCUUUUGCUGGCUGCGGAUUCAGGAGUAUUUACUACCUGGGAGCUUUGAGUUGUAUCCUCCAGCAGGUCCCGCAGCUGGUGCGUGGAGCCUCUAAAAUCUGCGGGGCCUCGUCUGGUUGUCUUGUGGCUGCAGCCCUGACGAUUGGAUUUCCCAUCGAGGAGUUAUGUGUUGAUGUUUUGACCAUGGCUAAGGAGGCCAGAAAACACACUCUGGGAGUUUUCCACCCGACCUUUAGCCUGCUGCGGUCAGUGCGGGCCUCCCUGCUGGAGAAGCUGCCGGCGGACGCCCACCUCCGGGCCUCUGGAAGGCUCUGCGUGUCCCUCACCAGACUGGCUGAUGGGAAGAACGUUUUGGUGUCGGAGUUUGACAGCAGAGACGAGCUCAUUCAGGUCCUCAUGUGCAGCUGUUUUUUCCCUGUUUACUGUGGUUUUGUCCCACCUUCGUACCGCGGAGUGCACUACAUGGACGGAGCCCUGAGCAACAACAUGCCCCUGUUCGAGCACAGGAACACCAUCACCAUGGCCCCGUUCUCAGGCGAGAGCGACAUCUGCCCCAGAGAGGGCACAUUCAACUUCUUCGACUUUCACUAUGGAAACAUGAGCAUCCAGGUCAACACCGGAAAUGUGCAUCGGGUCUGUACAUCCUUUCUCCCUCCAAGGCUUGAGAAGCUGGCUGAGAUCUGCCACAAUGGCUACAUGGAUGCUCUUCGUUUCCUGAGAGAAAGAGAUCUGCUUGGAACGCAGCAUGUUCCACCCUGUUUGGUGGCGAAGAGGGACACAGUCAAACCUUGUUGUGAGCUGGUGGCCUCAGCUCAAGCAGGAGAGUCAGAGAAGAUGCUGAUGAAUGGACAAACAAGUCAUCAGGGUGACCAUUGGUGGUUGGAUCUGAAAGUCAUAGAGAACCUCCCGCUCAACUUCAGGAAAGUGCUGUGUGAGGCGUGCAGGGACACUCAUGAGGUUGGCAAGGUGCUUCCGCUGAAAGCCGUUACGCAUGUGCUGAGCCUCGUCAUGCUGCCCGUUGAGCUGAUCGUCUUACUCAUGAAAAGUCUGUUGACGUCGACCACAGAUCUCUACAGGCGGACAUGGAGCAGCGGAUCCAAGGGCCCCAUCAGCAGCAGCAGCAGGUCCUCAAACUCAGACCUCAGAGCCCAGACAGGAGAAGACAAAAACAUUAAACCUCUGACCUCAACAAGCACCCCCAGCGAAACUCUUCACCAGGAAAACAAGAGCAGCCUGGAUCUGUUUUCCCUCACCUCCACGUGUGCAGGUCCAUCAAACUCCCCCAUCCGUAAAAAACCUCUAUGUGGCAAAGUGACUUUAAACCACAGAAGUAAAUCAACACAUCGGUCAUAAACCAGGAGAAAGAACUCAUCCAGAUCUUGUAAAUGAGCACACAACACUGUUGAAUGACCAUGAAGUUGAAUGUAAAUAAUUGCAAAGACUGAUUUGGUUAAGAGUUGACAGGAGUUAUCUGCUGUGCAACCAUUUCAAUGCCGAUGUACGGUUUUCAUCUGUCAAGUUUCAAAUAAGCUCAACAGAAUGUGGGAUUGCCCCACUGCAGUAUUACAAGUUCAGUUUUGUUGCGACAGACACAUUUUUAUAGGACGAGUAGUAAAGUUAUGUUUGCAAAUGUUUUCAGAGUUUGUUGCACGUUUGCGCUUCGUUUUCAUGUAAAGCUCCACUUUCAAUCUUCUUCUCUGACAUCCUCUCUACAAAAUAAAACACCUCAGUUAUCCUCGCUGU